CCUGACCCGGGCGUGCUUGUCACUUCCGCCCGAGCCUGCCACUUCUACUUCCUUCCGGAGCUCCGGACUCGGCGGAGGAUCCGGGACCCACCCUGAGAGGAGAGGGGUCUGGAGAGAUAGAGAAGGUGUCGCUGUCCUUGUGUUGCUGCGGAAGGCCUCCUCUACGAAACAGUGGGACGUUGCGUUCUCUAAAGACACGACCUCCGGUGGACACUUCCUAUUGACAGAGGAUAUGACCUCCUUGGAACUCCAUCCAUCACAUUAACACCUCUCCUCCUGCUGUCGUGUUGCAGUGCAUGUACAGGUUGACUCUUCCUCUCUGGGUCCAUGAGGGAGUACAAAGUGGUGGUGUUGGGCAGCGGAGGUGUUGGGAAGUCAGCCCUGACUGUACAGUUUGUUACAGGAACUUUUAUUGAGAAGUAUGACCCCACCAUUGAGGAUUUCUACCGGAAGGAGAUUGAGGUGGACUCUUCACCGUCUGUACUGGAGAUCCUGGAUACAGCUGGCACAGAGCAGUUUGCCUCCAUGAGGGAUUUAUACAUUAAGAACGGGCAGGGCUUUAUCUUAGUGUAUAGCUUGGUGAAUCAGCAGUCAUUCCAGGAUAUCAAGCCAAUGCGGGACCAAAUAGUCAGAGUAAAGAGAUAUGAGAAGGUACCUCUUAUUCUGGUCGGUAACAAGGUUGACCUGGAGUCUGAGCGAGAAGUCAUGUCUACAGAAGGCCGCUCUCUAGCUCAGGAAUGGGGCUGCCCUUUUAUGGAGACAUCGGCCAAGAGCAAGACUAUGGUGGAUGAACUGUUUGCGGAGAUCGUCAGGCAAAUGAACUAUGCAUCUCUGCCUGAGAAGCAGGAUCAGUGUUGUACAACAUGCACCGUUCAAUGAGACACUCGGAGGGACCUCAAACGUGGCCAUAAAGAGCAGAUAACUCAGAGGAAAUUUGCACAGCUUCGGCUUUGAAGAAUUUACAGCGCAGGUUGCAGAUCUGAGCCGUGAUAAACUUGUCUGCACAACAGCACAUUUGCCAUACAUGUCAUUGAAUGCUCGGAGAUGGCGGGCCGCGUUCACUCGCCAUCAACAGCUGUGCAUAGCACGUUUUACCAUAAGUUAAAAAAAAAAUAUAUAUAUAUUCAUUUUUUAUUUGUUUCCCCUUUUUUUUUUCUAGUCUAAGUUACUAUUAACAGCUAAUAUGCAACAGUUCAGUCUUGUGUUUUUUAUUUUUUUUUAAUUGAUAUAAUUUUUUUUUCUGAAACUUGUAUUUAUUAAAUACUUAAACUCAGUAUUACCUACUUAAUGCCUUUUUUAAAAGACGGUUUUAACAGAGGAUAAUUUGAGCCUUAAUCGCAUGGUUUAUUUUCUAUACAUUACCUCGAAUCUGCUCUUAACUCCUUCACUGCCAGCGGGCCAACAAAGCGGGAUCUUACACUGCCUCGCCUGCCUCUCUCGCAUUGAAGGUGUUUUGUACACUUGAUUUUUUUUUUUAUUUCCUAAAACUUAGCACAUGCUUUGAGACUAUGUUUACGUUCUUGCGGUAUCAAGUGAAUCUGCUUGAAGUUACGUUGGACCUGCCUGUUGGGUUUGUUUUUUCAGCAGUGGCACCUCAGCUGCAGAAGAGGACUGUUGGGUCCAAAAAUAAAUGUAGUGGCCAAGCAAGUGGACUCAUGGAUGUCUAGACGACUGUAAUCCUUGAUCAUGUUAUACAGUUAGGGGUGAUUCCGGAAGAAAGUGUUGAAAUCCUCCUGGAGAAUCAAUUGCAACCUCAGUGCUUAACUUGUUUGAACAUAUGAGAGAAAAAAACUCUGAAUUGAAGACUCUGGUGCAUCAGAGCUGGUUGCCUGGGUAGUUAUUAGGCUUGUGCAGGAACCCAGUGGUUAGAAUACAAGUAUAUACUGUUUGUUUAAUUUUUGCCUGUAUCUUUUUUUUUUUUUUUUUUUUUUUAUGUGUUUCUUCCAACUCCAUUGACCACCUGCUUUUUAUUCUUUCGGUAAGGGUUCUGACCUCAUUUGUUUAUAAUAAUCUUCAGAUGAUUUUUUUCCCCCUUCCUUCCACAUGUGCACAUAUAAGUCUAAUGCAAAUAAAAUGAUUUUACGUUUUCUAGUUUAAA